UUUUAAUGAUUCUCCGUGAAGCAAAUUUUUCCGGGAAAAUCUGAGAUGGAAGGAAACGAAUUUCCCUGAUUAAUUUAUGUGUUCUCUCGCAUGCAACAGCAUUGUGAUUUCUCUCUUCUGUUUUGAAUUUCGACUGGAUUUACCGUUUAAUUGAACAAAAACCUUGUUCGAAUUCCGAUGACUUCGAUGAAUCAUAUAAUUUGUCUUAGCUCAGACGAGGAGGAUGAUAAAAUAGAAGACUACAGUGGUUGGUUAGAAGAAGUUCUGGAAAAUUCCACUGAGAAACAUAACAGCACAGCACAUCGGAAAUCAAAUCCGUCGAAUCCAGAGGAAGACGGCGACGACGAUUGUGUGGUCUUAGAUUGUGAUCCUUACAAGACGACGGAGAAGAAGGAGACUAAAUUAGACACUUGCGAAGCCGAUGAGGAAAUCCUUGUAGUAGGGGAAAAGGGUGAGAUAGCUUGUAGAGACUUCCCACAUCCGCGACAUGCCUGCGCUAAGUACCCAUUCAAGUCCACAUCACACGAGAAGUACUGUGACAUGUGUCACUGUUAUGUUUGUGAUAUCCGAGCUCCUUGUCCAAACUGGUGCAUCGGUAUCCCCAGCAAUAGCAUUGAUCACUGUCAUGCCAAUGAUAAAGAAGAGAUAUGGAAGAACUAUCGUGCAUGCCUCAGGACUGGAGUGAUACCUCCUCGACUUGCUUCGACCAUGGCCCAAUUGCAACAGCUUUCACAGACUCAAUCUAUUCAAUCACCCCAAAACUCUCUGUAUUCCCCUGUAAACCAGUUUGGGAUCCGGGCUUGCUCGGCAUCUACUAUGGUUGUGACUCGCCCAACCACAUACAUCAGACCCGGUUAUGGAACCGAGCAAUCAACAACCUUACCGCAAUAUCCCGGUUUACAACCUCGUGGUGCUCAGUUGUUCCAGAAUCAGAGAGAUGGUUACUCAAGUCCUCAUGUAAUCUCUUCCAAUCGAUUCACAUGGGAUCAAAGACCAAGUAGAGUCGCUAGUCUCCCGGAAAUGGGUAUACAGAACGUUCUUCAAGGCUCACGAUAUCCACGUUACGCUCCUCCUCACGCUGCUUUACAAGCCAAUUCACCGCAGAUGUUUAGUGGUUAUAUCUCAACUGUGCCAGAAUCUCACAGCAAAUCGUCCGGUAGAAAAUCUAGCCGGACUAGGUAUUAUGCUAAGGUGCAGACAAGUGCAGUGCCGCCUGCGACUCGUAAUCCUCCGGUGAACCAGCAGCAACAACAACAACAACAAUCAGGAAGAAGUAACGCUAAAGUACUGUCGGAGAUUGAAGAUUGGCUCAUGGACAAUUCUACCCCGACCGGAUAGAACUCUGGCUUAAUUGUAGAAUUAGUCUGUACAGAGUAGUAUUAGCCAAAAGCUUUUGGUUUAGGAGGCUGAAACAUUUCGAUAUCAGUCUAUGUUUUUUUAACUGAUUUUGAGCUUUUUUCUAUUUCUAAGUUCAAAUCCGUUUUUUUGUGGCCCAAAUGGAUGAAAAAAAAAAGUAUUGUUCUGAAUUGUA